AUGAUUACUCUGUCCAGGCUGCUUUUGUUUGCGGCCCUUAAUGCUAUUUUAGGCCAUAGUAUAGCAUUAGAUCUGGAUGAUUAUAGCAAGGCAAAUAAUCAAUCGCUUUUAUGGGCCCCUUAUAGAUCAAACUGUUACUUCGGUUUAAGGCCUCGGUAUGUUAAUGAUGAGCCGUUUGUCUUGGGUGCUAUGUGGUUUAAUAGCAUCAAUGCACAAGGUUUGGCAAAAGUUCGGCAUUUUGUUGAGCAAGGUGACAAGUUAGAUAAAUACGGAUGGAUCUGGUAUGAUCCGAGAAUUGGUGGCAGAGAGACCAUCAGAGAUUCUGAAAGUAACCUUCAGCUCAACUUCACGUUUGUGAAAUCGCACAGUGGCGAGAAUUGGGCUGUUCAAGUUGAAGGUGAUUUGAUUGACAAAAACAAAGAAGCUGCACAUUCGAUCGUUAUUUAUAUGAAGCAAAACGGCAAAGAAGACUCUUCCUGUUACUUAAACCAGAAUGACAUUUUUACAAAAAAUCGUAAUGAGCUCUCAUUUACAGGAUUCUCAAACGAAUUAAAGGGUUACACUAUCAAACUUGCAGACGAAAACAGCAAGUUUUAUAAAGAUGCAGUUCCACCUUUAAGCCCAGACUGCGAUCCUUCGAAGCCGACUGUUCUCUCCAUGAAUAUACCAGAUGAUCAACUAUGGAAAGCAAAAGACGUGUUUCAAAGUUUAUUGAAAGACUCGAUUCAGGCUCAUGUCGAAACAAAUCCACAAUUGAGCGCUAAUUUAAUUCCAAGUGCGCUAACGAUCCGUAACAUCCACAAUUUUCCUCCAGGAAAUGUGCAGUAUAUUCAACAAACCUUUGAAGGGCACUUCAAGUUCAAUAUUAUAUUCAACAAAAAGGGAUCAAAAGACCAAAUUGCAGAAAACUCAGUUGAUCACCUUAUUGUAUUGGCGGAAGGUUUGGUGCAACAGAAGUUCAACAAGAAAUUUGGCAUUGCAGACAAUUCCUUAUAUAGAGAUUUUGCUCAGGAAACCUUUUCAAAUCUAUUAGGUGGUCUAUCAUAUUUCCAUGGUACUCAUCUAGUUGACAGAGAAACAGCAUUCGAUAACGAAAACUUUGAUAGAAUAGAAUUGCUGAAUUCGAAUGAAGAGGGCCCUUUAGAGCUCUUCUCUAUGGUACCCAGCCGCGCAUUUUUCCCUAGAGGAUUCUACUGGGAUGAAGGAUUCCACCUAUUACAAUUAUUGGAUUACGAUUCUGAUCUCGUUUUCGAAGUUUUACACAGUUGGUUCAAUUUGAUAGACAAAGAUGGAUGGAUUCCUCGUGAAGUUAUCUUGGGUGACGAAGCCCGAAGUAAAGUUCCCGAAGAGUUCAGAGUUCAAAAUCCAAAUAUUGCGAAUCCACCAACGUUGCUACUUGCAUUCAGUGAGAUUUUGAGCCGCGCAAAGACCAUACAAGAGGAAAUGUUAGAAUCCCAUCUCCAGGAAAAUUAUCAAUAUGAGGAACUAGACUCGUCGUUCCAAGGCGACAAAUUGAAUAACAAUCCAGAACUUUUAAUAUCCUAUGCCAAAGAAAUAUAUCCAAAGCUUCUAAAGCAUUAUGAGUGGUUUAGAAACUCACAAAAGGGGAUGCUCGAAGAGUAUAUGGAGGUUCCUUCCAUAAACUCCAAAGUUCACAUGGAAGAAGCCUACAGAUGGAUUGGUCGCACUUUCACACAUUGUCUACCAAGUGGUAUGGAUGACUAUCCUCGUGCUAUCCCACCGGAUAUUGCAGAACUACAUGUUGAUGCUCUUACAUGGGUGGGCGUCAUGACGAGGUCGAUGAAACAGAUUGCUAGUGUUAUAGAUCUCGUGGAAGAGAUUAAACGAUUUGCUACUAUUGAAGAAAAUAUUGUUGAAAACCUUAAGACAUUGCACUGGGAUGACGACCAAAAAUUGUUCUGCGACAUAACAUUCAAUGACGACGCUAAUACCGAUGAGGCUUUAAGAAAGUUCGUAUGUCAUGAAGGAUACGUAUCGCUCCUACCAUUCGCUGUCAAAUUGAUACCGCAUACUGAUGUUGAACGCCUAAAACAUAUUCUAGAUUCAAUGAGCAAUACCACAACCCUUCUAUCGCCUUACGGAAUUCGCUCGCUAUCCAAAACAGACGAAUAUUACGAUACAGGAGAAGUGUAUUGGAGAGGACCAAUCUGGUUGAACAUAAACUAUCUCUGUCUUGACGCAUUGGAAUACUACUUCUUGGAAUCACCACUGAAAAAAUCAGAAGGUCAAAACGAAGAACUCUUCUUACAAGCUAGAACUCUGUACAAACAAUUGAGGCAAAACAUUAUCGAUAACGUGUACAAAAUCUGGAAGAAAGAUGGUUACGUUUAUGAACAGUACAAUCACAAGAACGGUAAAGGGUCAGGUGUUCAACAUUUUACUGGCUGGACAGCACUAGUUGUUAAUAUGAUCGGAAAAUUACCAGAAGAAUUGUGA